UUAUUUACUUCCUGUUCAGUUUACGCGCGAAGUUCAUCGUAGUGACAGUCGACUGUAUAAUGUCUGAGAGUUCGCCAAAAUGGAAAAGACCUUCAGAUGUUAUGAAAAUUCACAGAAAACGGAAAAGACUCUCACAAAGUCGUUCCUUCUCUGAGGAUAAGUCAAAUACGUCUGGAAUCUUACACGACAGUACCAAUGUUUUUCUUAACAGCAGCUCUAAGAGAAAGAAUCCAUUCUCAAGUAACGAUAAUCCGGAGGCACCAUACAAGCGGAAAAAAUCGGAUGGAAUCGAAAAAAAUCAGAGUUUCAAUGAAAAAACUCAGGCCUUCUUUGCUAUUUUAGAGAAGGCUAACAAGAAAGAAGGGGAUAGCCCCAGUAUAAAGGUGGAGAAAGCUACAAAGAAUGGACCAAUAACAAGGGAACUUCUAGUGGACGAUGAUGAGGAAAAGUCACAGUUUGAUUUCAUAGAAAAGUUUUUCAAAGCAGCACAAUCACAAAAACUUAUGGAUGAGUCUCCGAAACCUGUAAAAACAGAGAGAACCCCGUCCACUUCCUGUAAGCCUGUGCCUGUGGACUGGUCCUUGAAGGUCAAGUUAAGAGUGGUUUCCAAGUCAUCAUUACUCUGGUGCACACAGAUCAAAACCGCAGACGAGGCUAAAGGAGUAACAGACUUUGUCUACGGGGGUAGUCAGGUUAAUGCAGAAGAAGACAAGUCGGACUUCUAUAGCUGCUGUUUGUACUGGAUUUAUCCCAAUCUGCCAUGGCUAAGGUUAUUUCCUAGGAUAGUCCCAGACAGUAAAAUAAGAUCUUCUCCCAAUGGCUUACUCAAUGAAGACAUUCAAAAAUCACUGCUGGAGGACUGGACGGAAAGCUUUACAUCAGCAUUCCAUCAGCUUCGCUCCCAGCACUGCCCGUAUUUCUAUUUCUGUACACACCAGUUCACCGUCCUCUUCAGGGCAGCAGGGGUGGCUGGUCAGUCAAGUCAGAACGCAUUCCUCACCCCCACAACACGGGGUCUCAGGGAGGCACUCAAAAACGAAGGUAUUGAGUUUAGUAUGCCAGUGCUGGAGAGAAAAAGAGAGUCGUCUACUGCAGAAAAACCACAAAGCCAGGAUUCAGAGCAGCAGGUGCCCCCUCCAGCUGAUGAGGAAGAUGAUGAUGAGUUUCUGGACACUGAUGAGGGAGCCUCCGUCUGGCUUGAGAGUAUCGGACUGGACAAAAGACAGUUCCCCUCUCUGGACCCCAACAAAGUCAAAAUCCAAAGGGAGGGGUUCCGCGUGAUUGACAACAGACCAGAGUCUUUGAUAUACGUACAAGGAGCUGAUGUCCAGGGUCUGUUUAAUUUCCUGUUAAACUGCCGCAGUUGUGUGGCCUCCAGUGGGUCCCAGGUGGGGGUGCCACCAACAAUUCUGUCCCCCUCACCAUUCAGGGGAGCCUCUGUACAGACUCAAAAGGUAAAACAUUCUCUGGUGAAGCAGACAGAGACAGAUGGGAGUAUCAACCACGUCCACAUCUUAGAAAUCUCAGGGGCCGUCCUACCCCACCAUGUACACCGCAUCAGAAAGGUCCUCGAGCGCACUCAGAAAGGGGAGUUCACUCUGACAUUUAACACUCACGAACCAACAGUUCCCUUUAAUGCCAAACUCUCAGUUACUGACUGUGAUCCGGAUAGGGCGAAAAUGAAAAUGAGGGGAGAUAAAUUUGACUCCUUUUUUGAUGUCUGUGAAAUUGAUGACAGAUUAAGUUGUAUACGAGAGCUCUAUUGUAAAGAUUAUGAGUACAAUUGGGCAACGUGAUUUUACUAUGUAGAGAAAUUAGCUUUUUAUAUCAAGAAUUAGAUUUUUAUGUUUGCAUGUAAAUCAAUAAUUUGAUGAGGUCAUGCAGUUCAUUAUUUUGUCUAUAUUUAUUGUCAAAUCUUUUUAUUGAUUUUAUAAACAGUUUUAUCUGUUGUGGAUAAAAUAAAAAUAUACCAGUUGAA